GUUAAAAAGAAAAAAAAAGGAAGAAGAAACCGGAAGCUGUUAGCAGCGUUAGCUUAUUUUUCCGGUGUGUGAGGUGGACCUCUGAGGCUCUGCAGCAACAAUGUCUUCAGCUCAGUCUCUGAGAGAGUUUAUCAGAGAGCGGCUAACUGCUGCUGCUGCAGAAAUAUUCUCCGAGUUUGAACAAACCAUCGUCCGCUACGAGGAAGAGAUCGAUCGUCAGCGCAGACUGCUGGAGAUCAGCUGGAAACCACAGAUCAACUUACACAGAAUAGAACUCCCGCUGCAUUAUGUCAGGAGAGAUGAGGAGGUUCUGACUGACCAGCAGCUCUGGAACCAGGAGAGGACCUCCAGUUUGGACCAGGAACAACCAGAACCUUUACAGGAGGGACCAGAACCUCCACAGAUGAAAGUGGAGCAGGAUGAGCCAAAACCUUUACAGAGUCUAGAACAAGAGGAACUCUGCAUCAGUCAGGAUGAAGAGCAGUUUGUACUGAAGCAGGAGACGGUUACCUCCCUUGUGACUCCUGCUGAUGAGGAAAGAGACCACGAUGAACCAGAACCAGACAGACACCAGCUCCUUUAUUCACUGUUUCCUGAGGCUGAGAUCAGAGCUGCUGCUCCUCCAGGACCAACAGAAACCAUGAGAAGAAGUUGGAACGCAAAUCAAGCCCUGGAGCUGUUUCAGCAGCUGGAAGAUGAGGGGGAGCCAGCCUCAUCCACGGACGACAGCUCUUUGGAUGAAGAAGCUGACGAUGAGACCUUUACCCGGGGGCCUGAUUCAGGGGAAGAAAUGGAAGAUGAUUCAGAUGAGGAGGUGGUUGCCGCAGAGGAGAGAGGGGACCAUCCUUUGUGGGAAUCAAAGAGCGGGAUCGCCUGGUCCCCGACACCUGACACCAGGAUUCCCUUUCGGGCUCCAGCCUCCCGCCAUUGUGGGAUCACCCGCCUCGCGUUCAGCCAAGUCCAAACAAUCGAGGACAGCUUUGAUUUUUUUUUAACAACAACAGUCCUUGAUAUAAUAAUGAAACACACUAAUAUAGAGGGGAGGAGAAAGUAUGAUAAUUGGACGGAUGUUGACCGCGUAGAACUCCGCGCAUUCUUUGGGCUGCUCAUCCUCGCUGGGGUGCACCGUUCCCACGGGGAAUCAACUGCAAGCCUCUGGGGGGAGGAAACGGGGAGGCCGAUUUUCAGAGCCACAAUGAGUCAGCGAAGGUUCCGCUUGCUAGCGGCAACAGUGCAGUUUGAUGACCGCUUGACCAGGGCAGCACGCCAGUUGGUGACGCAGGACAAGCUCGCUCCCCUGCGGGAAGUGUGGGACCUCUGGGUGGCCCGGCUUCCUCUCGCCUACAACCCCGGUGAAGAUGUCUGUGUGGACGAACAGCUCGUCGGAUUCGGAGGUCGCUGCAACUUCAAGCAGUACAUGCCCUCAAAGCCGGCAAAAUAUGGCAUCAAGCUGUGGGUGGUGUGUGAUGUGGCCACUUCUUAUGCCUGGGGGAUUAUUCCCUACCUGGGCAAGAUGACUAAAGACGCCCCGGCAGAAAGGGGGCAAGGGAAGCGGGUGGUGCUGGAACUCACCGAGGGACUGGGCGGCCGCACUGUCACCACCGACAAUUUUUUCACUUCGCUAGCCCUUGGAGAAGAGCUGCUACACAAAAAAAUCUGUCUUGUGGGAACAGUUAGACGCACCAAGCCAGAGUUGCCCCCACAGCUGCUGCAGACGAGAAGCAGAGCGGUUCUGUCCUCCCUGUUCGCCUUCACCUCCACCGCCACCGCAGUGAGCUACAUUCCGAAGCACAGGCGGAACGUGCUGCUCCUCAGCACCAAGCACCAUCGGGUUCAGAUCCAGGAGGGACCGCAGCAGAAGCCGACCCCAUUCAUUGAUUACAACCGCUGCAAAGGGGCUGUUGACAACUUGAACAGGCUCGUCGCAACAUACAGCUGCCGCCGCAAGACCAGACGUUGGCCCAUGGCGCUCUUUUGCAACAUUUUAGAUGUAAGCGCGUACAAUGCCCUGGUCCUGUGGCUGUCUGUGGAACCGGCCUGGAACCAGCAGAAGAAGAGCAUCCGCCGAAGGCUGUUCUUGCAGGAGCUUGGGAGCUCCAUGGUGAGACCAGCCCAGGCGAGGCGCACUCGCUUGCCGCUGUCCAGCAGUGCUGCAGCUUUGUUGCAGGUGCAGCAGCAAGCGGAGCCAGCUCCAGCCCAGGAGCAGAUAAGAAAGAAAAAAUGCCACCUUUGCAGAGGGAAGAGGAGCGUGCAUGCACGCUUUUGCAAAACAUGUGGACAGGCUGUGUGCAAGGAGCACUCAACAGUUGUGUGCUCAACCUGCAGCUGUUAGCUCACUCCCCUGUGUGUUUCUCUCUUUCUCUCUGUCACCCACACACACACACACACACACACACACACACACACACUUUUUCUUUGUUCAUGUUCUAUAAAUAAGUGUUCAACUGGCUAUCUUUAUAAGUGCAUUUUUUUGUGCUCAAAGGACUUUAGCAGUGCGUAUUUUAGAAAAUAUGACAUCACAAAAACUACAAAGUGAGCAAAAAAUAUUUUUAUGCCUAUUUGUGACACUCCAAGGCUGUGACAACUUACCCACAAAAAAGGUCAUCUGGACAUAACACACAAAAUGAUUUGAUUUUUUUCAUUUUUUUUAUUUGUUUUUUUACGGUUUUCAAACUUCUGGUUUUGAUAAUAAACCUGGGUAUAAAGGGGUUAAAUCUGAGAAACACACACAUAUUUUAUUAUAUUUUGUUAGGGCUGAAGCCAAGGAUGAAAUUCAUGUAAAAAAUUUGGGACUUAUGAAAUAUUAUAUAAUAUUUCUAUGGGAAGCUUUGCAAGUGCAUUUUUUGUGCUGAAAGAACAUUAACGUUAGAUAAUAAAAAGGAACGGUAAGGGUUAAAGAAAUGAAGAGACAUGUGUAGGUUGGCAACAUUCAACUCCCUUUAAGAUGCUGUACCACCUUGAGUCACAUUUUUAUGAAACUACAAAGUGAGCAAAAAAUAUUUUUAUGCCUAUUUGUGACACUCCAAGGCUGUGACAAUUUACCCACAAAACAGGUCAUCUGGACAUAACACACAAAAAAUGAUUUUAUUUUUUUUUUAAUUUUUUUAUUUUUUACGGUUUUCAAACUUCUGGUUUUGAUUAUAAACCUGGGUAUAAAGGGGUUAAAUCUGAGAAACACACACAUAUUUUAUGAAAUUCAUGUAAAAAAUUUGGGACUUAUGAAAUAUUAUAUAAUAUUUCUAUGGGAAGCUUUGCAAGUGCAUUUUUUGUGCUGAAAGAACAUUAACGUUAGAUAAUAAAAAGGAACGGUAAGGGUUAAAGAAAUGAAGAGACAUGUGUAGGUUGGCAACAUUCAACUCCCUUUAAGAUGCUGUACCACCUUGAGUCACAUAAAAAUGUGACUCGACGUAAUAUAUGUGGUGAGAUUAACUGACGGCGCUAACCCUUUAGCAGCUUAUUUGUUACUUUUCCACACAACCAGCUUAACUCGCCUAGCAAAAACAGUAAUACAGAAGCUUAAUACUUUAAACAAAAGCCUGGAGUGCUUUUAAAGAGAAAUAUUUGAUACGGUGAAAGCCUGAGCCAGUACGAUUCAUCCCUGCUCACAAUUUUUUAUUGAUUUGAAAACAAAUUUUUACUUUUAUACAAUUCAUGAUGAACUUUGAAAUGAUCCAACACAUUAAAAGAAUUUACCAGCCCAUAUCUGGUUUUAUAAACAUUAUCACAAUGUGUUUCCCUCUCUGUGAAGGAUGUACUUGAUAUUUUGUUGUUUGAUUUAUCAAUAAAGUCUGCAUAAAAAGACAA